AUGGCAUUCAAGUUAAUCGCCUUUACCGCAUGUCUGGCAGUUGCUCAAGCUGGAAUAAUUCCAACCGCACCUCUUGCAUAUGCCGCACCUAUCGCAAAAGUAGUGGCUCCCUUGGCAUACGCUGCUCCAGUAGCUAAAGCUGUUGUUUCUGAAGAAUACGAUCCCCAUCCCCAGUACAACUACGCCUACGAUAUCCAAGACGGUUUGACCGGUGACAGCAAAAGCCAGCAAGAAUCCCGUGACGGUGAUGUUGUUCACGGUAGCUACUCCCUCAUUGACGCCGAUGGUUUUAGACGUACUGUCGAUUAUACAGCAGACCCUGUGAAUGGAUUCAAUGCUGUUGUAAACAGAGAACCUCUUGUCCAGAAAGCAGUUGUUGCCAAAGUUGCUGCCCCAGUUGCCUACGCCGCACCAGUAGCUAAAGUCGCUACUCCACUUGCGUAUACCCAACCUGCCAUCGCCAAAGUAGCAUACUCUGCUCCUAUUGCCCAAUAUGUUGCCAAAGUUGCUGCUUCAGUUGCCUACGCAGCUCCAGUUGCUAAAAUCGCAGCUCCAUUUGCCUAUGCUCAACCCGCUAUCGCUAAAGUAGCAUACUCUGCUCCAGUAGCGCAAUACUACCAUUAGGAGAUAUCGACCUGACAAUGUACAUAGCUAUUUA